AUGGAGGUGGAAUCCCUCCUGAUUCUAAUGGAUAGAAUGGUAUUCUGGAAUGUCAGGGGGGUGAAUAGGGGCACCAAACAAAAAGAUGUAAAAUCCUUUUUGAACUCAAAUAGGUGCAGCCUUGUUUGUCUCCUUGAAACAAAGGUCAAAGCUCACAAUCUGGGGGCUUUGUACCUUAAUUUGUUUACUGGUUGGUCUUUCACCUCCAAUAACAUGUGUCACCCUGGUGGUAGGAUUAUUCUUGCUUGGAAUCCAUCUGAAUUCCAGGUGAAUCCCUAUUUCAGUUCCAGUCAGUUAAUUCAGUGUGCCAUUAAACCAAAAAAUGGUAGUCAGUUUGAAUGUUCCUUUAUAUAUGCUCAUAAUUCUCAACAAGAUAGAGUUGCUCUUUGGAAAGAUCUUUGCUCUAUAGCUGGUUCAGUUAAUGAUGCUUGGAUCUUGAUGGGUGACUUUAACUGUGUUCUCAACACAGAUGAGAGAGUGGGUAGUGCAGUUAGAUUACAUGAAAUUCAGGAUUUCCAGUCCUGUGUUAAUACUUGUGGCUUGGUGGAUGCUAAACUAAAUGGUAAUUUUUUCACCUGGAAUAAUAAACAACAAGGCAGUAGGAGAGUGUUCUCUAAACUGGAUAGAGUUUUGAUAAAUCAGGCUUGGCUCACACACUAUCCAAAUACUGAGGUUUGUUUUAAAAAUGAGGGUUACUUUGACCAUUGCCCUGGCAUUGUUUCUGUUUACCCUCAUUUGGCAGCAGGGAAAAAGCCCUUCAAGUUCUUUCACAUGUGGCAAGAAGCUCCUCAAUACAAAGACAUUGUGAUGACUGCUUGGAAUAUGUCUGUUACUGGCACUCCCAUGUAUCAGGUGGUUCAGAAACUGAAAAAUGUAAAAAUUGCUUUGAAAAAGUUGAACAAGGAGGGGUUUGGUGAUAUUGAGGCCAAGGAAGCUAAAACAGCUCAGGCUCUGCAGGAGCUGCAAGAUGAAUUACACAAAAACCCUGCUGAUGUUGAGAUGGCUAAUAAAGAAAAACAAGCACAAUAG